CUUGACAGAAAUAACUAUAGUCCAACCUUCUUUUCCAUCUGAUGAAAACGAUGUAAUAAGAGCACCACAAUGGGAGGGCGGAGGGCAAAGCGUUGAAGUACGCAGAGAUGGAGGACGGCGUGGUGUCGGAGGAGGACGUCUUGCUUUGGUCAGAAAAGGAGUUCCACGACGCGGCGAAGAGGAACGACCCGGAGAGAAUGCAGGAGCUGAUUGAGAAGGGUGUGGACGUCAAGGCCAAAAGCAAAAUGGACCGCAAAGCGCUGCACUGGGCCGCGGGAGCCGGGAACGAGCAGGCUCUCCGUCUCCUGCUGGACCACGACACCGACGUCGAUGAGAAGGACACUUUUGGCAUGAACGCUUUGCUUCUCGCGUCCUGGUUUGGUCACCUAAAGGUCCUGCAGAUCCUGGUGUCCUGUGGGGCGAAGCUGAGCAGUGAAAACAAAGACGGUCUGAGCAUGCUGCACUGUGCAGCCCAGCGAGGCCACAUCAGAGUCCUGGAGUUCAUCAUGGAGGACCUGGAAGACGUACGACUCGACAGACUCGACAAGUCGGGGAAGACGGCCCUUCACCUGGCUGCUGAGAGCGGACGGCUUGAAGUGGUGGAGUUUCUCAUUGGAAUGGGCUGCACGCACAGUUUGAAGGACAAGGAAGCCAACACGGCCGUGCAUCUAGCAGCAAAGUGUGGGCACACAGAAGUCCUGCAGAAGAUGGUGGAGACCGGAGUCGAUGUCGACGAGAGAAACAUAGGCGGUCUCACAGCAUUGCACCUGGCAGCUGAUGGAGGUCACUACGAGUGUGUCAAACUGCUGCUGGAGGUCGGCUGCGAUGCCAAUGCGCAGACUAAUAAGAAUAUGAAUGCUCUCCACUACGUAGCUCAGCAUGGCUUUAACAGGGAGGCCAGUUUGCUGCUGGAGGCAGGAAUCGACAAGGAUGCUGUAGAUGAUCAACAAAACACAGCCCUCCACUUAGCUGUGUUCAACAACCACGCUGCGUUUUUACGGCUGCUCAUAGACGCCCACUGUGACCUGGACAUCGCUGACAGUAGACAACAGACGGUUUUGCACAUCGCAGCAGAGCACGGCUGGCAGGACUCGGCUGAGAUGAUGCUGGUCUCCGGUGUUAACCUCAAUCUGACUGACAAGCAGGGGAAAAGGUGUUUGGAGGUGGCAGCCAGAGGAAACCACGUCCUCCUGGUUGACAUGAUCAUCAAAGCUGACCGUUUUUAUAAAUGGGAGAAGGAUCAGAUGAGCAGCGAGCAGGACUCCUGGGUGGGGAGACCGCUAAGCUUCAAGCAGGACCACCAGCCAGAGACACAGCACCUCCGGUCUGUCCUGUGGAGCCUGGCCACCAAGCACCUGUGCCGCGGGGAGUGGAAGAUCCUGGCACAGCACUGGGACUUCAGCCCUGCACAUAUACGAGCUAUUGAACAACAGUGGACCGGCACGAAGAGCUUCAAAGAGCACGGCCACCGGAUGCUGCUAAUUUGGCUCCACGGAGUUGGGAUGGCGGGGGAGAACCCGGUCAAAGGCCUGUACGAGGGGCUGGUGAAGAUCUCACGGACAGACUUGGCAGAGUGCAUACGGCAAAAGGCAAACGCAGAGACCGCCUCUCCCAAGAUGUGCUCUGCAAUGUGAUCACCAGUGAGUGACUGCAGCCGUGUUUUCAUGCAUAGUCAGACCUACUUGCAAAGUGCUAGAGAAAAGUCUACGCUGAACUGAGCCCAUCAAAAAGCGA